CCUGCCUGCUGGGGACGAACACGGUUGGCUCAGGGACGCAGAGAUGGCCGGAGCCUGAGGAAUCCACUUGCCCUGCCGGGGGGCCUGCGCUUUGGUCUCCCUGGCCCUCAUUUCAAGUCGGGCCAAAUUUGCCCUGAAGGGGGACGAGGAGCCAGGAAAAGCCAGCGGGCCUGGAGCAGAGUGGAGAGACGGUCAAUAUCAAGGACAUGGAGCUGAAGGAGGAAUGGCAAGACGAUGAGUUCCCCAGGCCCCUUCCAGAAGAGAUCUGCGAAGAGGACUUUGAAGACUGCAGUUUAGACAGCCCAGCUGUUGCCCCCAGUACUCUGGAGCUGUGUGGCCGCCGGCGAAUGAAGAAACGCCUGCCCGCCCCGGAUCUCAGCGAGGACUUGUCGAAGUCCAGCGAGUUCCCGUCACACACCCCGGAUGGCAGCCUGGACAUCAACGUGGACGAUCUCGAAACACCAUCUGACAGUGAGCUGCAGGAGGGCUCUGAGAACGGGCAUGAGUACGAGUGGGAAGAUGACCUCCCCAGGGCCCAGCGGCUGGACAGCAGCCUGUCUGAGAAAUUUUGCUCCGACCGAGUGGUGGACUUCCAGAGCCAGGACGGGCGGAUGUGGCGGAUCUUCCGGUUGGACGAGAGGGAAGAGAAAGUGGACUUGGGUGCCAUCGGGCCCUACAAGAAGGUCAUCUCCCAUGGAGGUUACCAUGGGGAAGGCCUGCAUGCCAUCAUUCUGUUUGCCGCUUGCUACUUACCGGAGAGCUCCGUCCCCAAUUACCCAUAUGUCAUGGAGAACCUCUUCAGCUACAUCAGCAGUACCCUGGAAUUGAUGGUGGCCGAAAACUACACAUUGGUGUGUCUGAACGGGGGCACUUCUCGCAGCCAGAUCCCUCCCUUUGCGUGGAUCCGACAGUGUUACCAGACCAUUGACAGGAGACUCCGGAAGAACUUGAAAGCUUUGAUUCUGGUACAUGCCACCUGGUAUGUCAAAGCGCUGAUGGCUGUGCUCAGACCAUUCAUCAGUUCCAAGUUCAGCCAGAAGGUCCAGUUUGUCAACAGCCUGGAAGAGCUGGGCCAGAUCAUCCCCUUGGGUCAAGCACACAUCCCCGACUGCGUCCGCCAACUGGAUCAACUCAGAAAUACUUCUGGAGCUACCAACGGAUGAGGAUGCCUGCACUUCUAUGGAAAGCCAUUAAUAUUUUAUGUUACGUCAGUCUUUUUUUAUUUUUUUAAUGGAUUGAAAAGCCCUAUUCACAUGUCCAAUCCUUUUGGGAAAGCAAAGGCUCUCCCACUUAAAUAGUCGCCUUAAAAAGAAAAGAAAAGAAACUCAGGCUGAAGGGUUGCACUGAGCGUCCAGUUUUGGAAAGCAGAGGAGGGAUAACCAGGAGACUGAAAGCCCUCUGCUCAUGCUCAGAGGCACGCUUCUUUAUCCUUACUGUGGGAGUGUUAUGGUCUUUGGAGGAAGCUUUACUCCAGCUGUGGCCAACUGAGAGGAAGCGAUCAGCGAUGAGGUCGGGGCCUUUCCCACGAUGGCUCCGUCUCUAGUGAAUGAGGCCGGUCAGGGAACUUCCAAGAAGACGGCCUGUUUUUUUUCCUGUUUCAAAGGGCUUGCGGAAGCCCAGGAGGCUGUGGAUGUUAUUUUACUGAGCUGAGCAAACGAUGAUGAUUUUGCUGUGGAAAAAAAAUGUAUGGUCGUUUGUGGAACUCUUAGCUGCCAGAAGAGCUGUUAAGUGGGCUGGCUGGGAGGAAAAUAAAUGUUAUAAUAGACAAAGGAAUGAAUCAUCUUACACAUUUGCCACCAGAAGAAUGAAACAGACCCAGCUCAGGCCCCGAGGCAGACCGGCUCAGUCUAAACCAGACCGGAGGCAAGUGAGAAAUGGGAAAUGGCAGAAAAUGAAUGCAGGGGAAUGACGGCUGAAACAGGGAGGGGAGAAGUAACAGCGAAACUCAGGGACUCAGCCCCGGAGAGUGCUGGAUCGGGUCCCAGCAAUCCCAGCCAGUACUGAGUUUAAGUUUGCUUUCACAUCCUGCAUGUGAGCUCCCAAAGGCACCUGGUGGGCCACUGCGAGUAGCAGAGUGCUGGACUAGAUGGACUCUGGUCUGAUCCAGCAGGCUAGUUCUUAUGUUCUUAUGUUCUAAGAGGAAAACCCUGCCACCACUUCAAGAAUCUGAGGAUGAAAAGCGACGCAGCGUGGUGUAGUGAUGAAGAGCAGGUGGAUUAUAACCUGGAGAAUCGGGUUUGAUUCCCCACUCCUCCACCUGAGUGGCAGAGGCUUGUCACAGUUCUCUCAGGACUCUCUCAGCCUCACCUACCUCACAAGGUGCCUGUUUUAGGGAGAAGAAGGGAAAGGAGCUUGUCAGCCACCUUGAGUCUCCUUACAGGAGAGAGAGGUAAAAAUCCAAACUCUUCUUCUUCGUCUAUGUGUCAUUGCCAUAGGGGAGGGUCAUCAGAGAAUGAGUGACGGGGUUCUAGAGGCAUCCAUCUGGUUCCUGUGGGGGACACCAUCCGGCCAGUCAGGCAAGUUUUUGUGUAAAAUGCAUCCAGGAACAUGAAAUG